AUGGAAUAUACACAUGCGGCAACAUACUAUGUUUAAAAUUUUAAAGCAUUUAUUUUAAUUUGUGAUGAAUACUGUGAUCACUGUGAUCUUUCAACAUCCAUAUGCUCGACUUGCAAAACAAAUUUUGUUCUGGAAAAAGAACGAUGUGUUUGCAAAUUAGUUUUAUAAGGAGGAGUUUGUUAACCAGCACCUCUGGGAACAUAUCAUUUUAAAAAAAAGGAUUUUUAGCCUUACGUAUCAAAAACACAGGUUUUUUCAGAUUCAAACGGCCUUUCUUAUGAAUUCUUUGCAGAUUACAAUACAACUCAGAGGAGUAGAUAAAUAUCAAUAGAUGGAAAUAAUGCUGGAGGUUCCUUUAUUUAAAACGAAUAUAUUCAAUACCCUGUUAAUCAAGUAAUUAGUACUCCAACUGAUUUUACUAUUGAAUUCAUAUUAUACUUGCUAGGACCAAUAGGGAUAUUCAGUAAUAUUAAAGUCGUAGUAGAUAGUUAUAUAAUAGGAUAAGUUUCAAUUUAUGGAGAUUUAGACAAUAUUUUAUUUAAUCAGGGUUAACUGUAUAAUAAGCAAACUUGUUCAGUCAUUGGUUAUUCAUAAUGCUAUAAAUACAACGCGGUAAUCAAUUUAUUUCAAAUUGAUCAUUUGAAUACAAUUCAAUUAAAAGGACAUCUUAACGUAACAGAUUCAAAAUAAGCAUGGGCUUUUAGUGAUUUAAAGAUUUCAAAAAUUGUUUGGCAACCUUCCAUUUGCACAGAUUAUUUUUAUUAUAAUGAAUGCAUAAAGAGUUGUCCAUCAUAUGCACCAUUAUUUGGUGUUAACCAAUGUAAAGAUUUGUUGGAAACAUAUAAGUUCUCUGAAUAUGUGGUAAAACUAUUCUAUAAUUAUGGGAGUAUGUUUUUUAAUUAAGAUCCUAUUAUUUUUGAAAGUAAUCCUGCUUCUAAUACUCCGCAAGUUUAUAAUUCAAAAUUUAUGUUUGGAGGGUAUCAAGCUUGGUAAACAGAUUAAUUUUCGCUUACUUUGGUUUGCAGUCCACAUUACAAGGCUCGAUUAUUUGUGAAACUGGUGUUAAUUGAUUUUGGUAUUAAUAAUGACAACAAUAUGACUGUGUACUUUGAUUAAACAUAUAAAGUAUAUAAUUGGUAAAAUGCAGUUGCAGUUGCAUCAACAGAGGAAAAAGGGGAUCAAUUAGUUAAAGAUUACACAGUAACUAUAAGUGGAACAGAUUUCGAGGUGAAUCAUGAUGAUUACGAAAUAUUAAUUUCAUUUAAUUGUAAUGCAUUUAAUGGUGCAUAUUGUGGAUUAUAUGAUUUCUUUGUAAUAGUAGCAUUAUGUCCAAUAAAUUGUUAAAGAUGUUCUGAUAGUGCUACUUGUUUGGAAAUAAAGACAGACAAAUAUUUUCUAACAGUUUAUUAUGAUUGUCCUUAAGGUUAUUAUUAAUAAGCAGGGACAUGUAUUAAAUGUUUAAAUGGUUGUAAAGUAUGUGUUGAUUAGUAAUCUUGUAAUCAAUGUUUUGACACAUAUAUUUAUUACGAUUAGCAAUGCUUUUGUUAAAUAAACGGUGUUCCAUUUGGUGAUUGUUCAACUGAUUGUCAUCCCUUAUGUGAAACUUGUGCAAGCCUUUGGUCUUCAGAAUAGAAUUAUGACUAGAGAACAUUCAAUAGAAAAAAAAAUUAGUUAUAAUGUUUGACAUGUGAUACUAAUUAAGGGAAGGUGAUGAAUCUAUCAUCAUGCGAAUGCUAGGAGGGAUUCUACUUAACCAAGAAUUUUUAAUGUUAAAGAUGUCAUGAUAUUUGCAAGAACUGUUUACUUUCAGCCAGAUACUGUAUAUAAUGUAACAAUCUAUAAAAUAGAGUUUUGGAAUUUUAGGAUUGUAUAUGUAAGGAAGGGUAUUUUGAGGUGAGUGAUUCUUAUACAUGUAUGAAAUGUUCGGAUAAAUGUAAGACUUGUGAGUUUUUUGAGACUUAUUGCACUAGUUGUUAUGUAUCAUAAAUGAGAUCAUUGAAAGAGAAUGAUUGUGUUUGUUCAUUAGGACAUUACUAAUAUUAAUCAAAUCUAAUAUGUUCAGCAUGCAAUGAUUUAUGUGAAUAUUGUUCAGAUUAUGAUGUUUGUACAUCUUGUUAUGAUGUUCAAUUUAGAACAUUAUAAGUAGAUAAAUGUAUUUGUCAAAGUGGAUAUUAUCAAAAUAGUAACCAAUUGAUUUGUUCACAGUGUUAUUACACUUGUUCUGAAUGCAAUGGCUCCAAUGAAUUCAAUCAAUGCACUAAGUGUCCAAAAACUAGAAUCAGAUCCAAUGUUUACCUUAACGUAUUCGAAUGUGAUUGCAAAGUUGGUUACUAUGAUAAUAAUGAAUUAGAAUGCAUAGACUGUAGUACCUAUCAAUAUCCUCCAAUCACUCAUUAUUGCUAUUCCAAAUGUGGAGAUUAGAUCGUCUAAUGGAAUGAACAAUGCGAUGAUGGUAAUCUUGAACCCAGAGAUGGCUGCAAUCAAUGUUACUUAUCUAAUAACAAAUGUCUCACUGAUAUAUGUUUGAAAUGUUAUCUAGGAGAUUGUUAAUAAUGUGUUGAUGGAUACUAUCUGGAAAAUGAUUUUACUUGUCAAUUAUGUUCUCCCCAUUGCAUAACUUGUAACUCAUCCCCAACUCAAUGUGUAGAGUGCAAAUUCUACACCCCUGAAAAAGAAUGUAUAACUUGUAUCUCCACUGCUGGAUAUACAAUAAUUGAUAAUCAAUGCAUCAGUCUUUGUGGAGAUGGAAUAAGAACCACUGAAGAAUUAUGUGAUGAUGGGAACACAGAAAAUGGUGAUGGAUGUUCUUCAUUUUGUACAGUUGAAGAUGGUUACAUUUGUGAUUAAAUUUGUGUCAAAAUUGAUUAUAUUGAUAUCAUUCUAACAGAAUCACCCUUUGAUAAAAUCUAUGACUCCUCUAGAUCAAUUACACUUACUUUCGAUCAAGUAGUCAAUAUCACCUAAGCACCUCUCAAGGAUUCCAUUUCGAUGAUUACCAAAAUCCCAAAUUACAAAUUUAGUGCUAAAGAGAUUAUUGAUAGAACCUAAUAUACUAAAGAAUUCAAUCAAGUUGAUAUCCAGAUUGUCAUUGAAUUAAGUGAAUCCAUACAGUCUCCAGAAAUCAUUUUUAUUGUCAGCAAAAACACUGAAGUGAUUUCACAGGAUCACUUCUCCUUUCAAUCCAGAAAUCAAUCUAUUACACUCUUGCAAUAUCAAGCUUUGAGUGAGUCUGAAAUUUCAAACACAUAGAAUCUAGUUAGAUUUAACUCUUACAUUCUAUAUUUACUUAUUGGUUUUGCCAUCUUGGCAUUUCUAUUUGGAGGAUUGGAUAUCUUCUGGAAUCUACUAGAUACUCUAUAAGUGUUAUCCUAUCUAAAGUAUUUAAAUGUCCUCUAUCCCUAUAAUCUGGAAACGUAUUUCUAAUUAUUUGGUUUUGCUGAAUUUGAUUUCUUGAAAUCCAACUUCAGUGUAGGGGAUUUGAUUUCCUCAUCCAUUGAAAUUGAAGACCCUGCUCUUAAGUUUAAAGAAGAAGGAUAUACAUCAGUCUUUUUUGUUAAUGUUAUUGCUAUUUUCAUAGUCAUUAUGACAACCAUAGGAACAUACAUAUUUUUUCAUAUUAUAUUCUAUUGCAUCUAUCAUUAUGCCAAGAAAGUAAGUUCUCAUUAAUUAAUUGCUAAUUAUUAAGAAUAAGAAGAACCAAAUGUUAUAAUAUUUUUAUGUCUCAAACUAACAAGGACCAUGCAAAAAUACUUUUACAAUCUCAAAAUCCAAUACAAAACUGGAAUUCUAAGGGCCUUCCUAACAGUUUCUUAUGAUUUGAAUUUAGCAAUAUUCUUGCAAUUAAUGAGCUAUUCGAAUUCCUCUUCUAUUUUAAUACUAAGCAGUCUUUUUGCACUCGCCUUGUUGUUUUGUGAAAUGUUUUUUAUUUACUUUGGGAUAAUUGUCAUGAGCAAUAAAAGAUUUUACUUUGAAUUAUAGGAAGUUCAAUUAAAAUAUGGAGCACUCUAUGAAGGAAUUGAAUUAGACAGCAAUCCUUAUAGUCUGUAUUACAAUAUUGUACUCUUCACUAAGAAAUUACUAUUCAUGUUUUUCUUAGUGUUCUUGUAUGAUUACCCCCUAUUCUAAAUUGGUUUCGUGUCAUUUCUAAAUGCUAUAUUCUUUACUUACAUUAUUUACAAUAAGCCAUUAAUUGAUAAAUCUGAAUAUUACAAACAAAUAACCACAGAAGUCUUAUUGUGGAUAACAGAAUUGUUGAUAUUGCUUAUGGGUUUUGGAUAAAAAAGUGAGUUCUUUAGUUAUCAAAGUUAUAUCAAAAUUGGGUGGGUCAUCAUUACAAUCUUGACUCUUCUCAUCUUCAUUUAAUUAAUUAUUGAUAUCAGGCAACAUAUGAUAUUUUUAAUAGAAAACUAUGAGAUACUAAGAAUUUUAGUCAAUAAAAUGAAGUAGUUGCAUUAAAGUCUAUUCUCAAAGGAAUUACAUAUCAACAAUGACGAAUCAUAAAGUCUAGUUGGCUCCAGUAGCAGAGGAAGAUUAAAGCAAAGCUCUAGCAAACUCCAAUCUAAUUAGAGUUCAUAAAAACAAGUCAGAAAAUUAGUCACAUUUAAAAUGAAUGAUUCUAUUUUAUGA